AUGGCGCGACAUAUCAAAAAGAAAUACCAAAGUGAUCCAGAGUUUGCCAAUAGAAAUAAAGAUACGUUGAACUCAUCAGCUGACGAAUGUUACAUCAGCUUAGCCAUCGUAGAGAAUAAAGAACAACGCGCGAAAGAGAGGAAACUCAAAAUGACAAAGGAUAUUGAGGAGCUACGUGGCACGUACCAAGAGAUCUAUGGCGCGAAGACAGUGAUUGAAGUGAACGACAUUUUCAAAAACUGCAAGAAUUCACGAAAAACAGCAAUCUUACUUGGACGAGCCGGAGUUGGAAAAUCAACAUUUUGCAAACAUGUAAUCCAACAAUGGGCUAAAGGACAGCUUUGGUCAGAAUAUGCAGUUGUUAUUCUAAUUCAGUUACGAAAAUUAACUAAAGAAAGGUAUCCAGAUUCCAACAGAUACAGUGUUCUUGAUAUUGUAGAAGACGAAUAUCGACUUGAUGUCAAACCUACGGAUGAAGUUAAGCUAAAAUUCAAAGACCAGUGCGAGCAAGGUCAAAUACUUUGGAUACUAGACGGUUAUGAUGAAUUUCAGGAAAACAGGCCAGUAUCAUUGGAAGGACCAUUCAAUGAUAUAAUCAAUCAACAUCAUCAUAUAUUAACAUCGCGGCCCUACACGAUUGAUUUAAAAUAUGAGAUGGCCAUCGAAAUAAUAGGAUUCUCCGAUGAUAAUAUCGUCGAGUUCGUGAAACAGUACUUCAAAGCAAAUGUAACUACACAAACGGGUAUCCAAUCAAAUUCUGACUCACUUAUUAACUAUUUGAAAUCGAAUCCCACUAUUUGGGGUAUCGCACAUAUUCCAAUGAAUCUCUAUCUCAUUUGUACUACUUGGAACGAUGGUGUGUUGGAAAACAAAACAUUGACCGUGACUGAUCUUUACAGUGAGAUGAUCAAUGAACUCUGUCGAAAAUACGUGCAACGAAAGCAUAAGUGUAAACCACCAAUAAGUGAAAGAAAAAUUCAUGAAGAAUGUUCUGCACAUCUACAAUUCUUAGAAAACGUGGCUUUUCAUGCAUUAGAAGACAAUAAAAGUAUUUUGGUGCCAAAGCUGCUAACACGAAUAAUUGAAGAAACGAAAUGUUCCGAAACUAUACAUGAAGAGUCUUUGAAGAUUGGCGUUCUCAAAUCUUACGAUGAUAAAUUUGAUGGCAAACGAGCAGAGACAGAAAAACUACAAUACUUCAUUCAUCUUAGCGUUCAAGAAUUCUUUGCGGCACGGUAUCUCGUUCGUGCUCUUGCAUGUGAGAUCGAAACUGCACGUCGUUUUAUUCAACGAAACAAAUACAACCAACGUUUUACUUUAGUGUUCAUUUUUGCAUUCGGUCUUCUUCGCCAUCAAAAUAAACCUGAUCUUAUCGAAAAAUACUGGAAUAACAUAGAACAUAAUGCAAAAGAUAUAGUUGGAUUGCGACACGUUAAACUGUUGAUUGAAGGUUUCGAUGAAAUGAACGGUACAGCAUACUCAAAAAUACGCACUGGUUGUCUGAACUCCAUUGCUACUUGGAUAAACCGAGCAGCGAAACUUAAUUAUGAUGUUGUAAUGCGUCAUCUCUGCGAUUCUCUAAUGCGUACGAUAACGCUGUCUAAUGAAAACCGAAUCGUAGAAACAAUACGACAGCUCCUAAAAUCCACAUAUUUUACUGACAGCUCAGACAUCAAGCGUAGGGCAUGCAUGGCUCUAAGAGCGAUCAGUCCGAAGCAACAAUACAAUCAGGUGGUCGAUGUCUGGUUAGAGGCACUAAAUGAUGAUGACACUACAGUGGUAAUGAGGGCAUGCGAAAGUCUCGGAGCAAUUGGUAAGACAGGAGACAAUAAUAAGGUAACCGAUGCCUUAUUAAAAAAACUUAAGAAUAAAGAUCAGAGUGUAAGAUUGAGGGCAUGCGUAAGUCUUGGAAUCAUUAGUAAUACAGGAGAUAACAAUAAAGUAAUUGAUGCCUUAUUAAAAGAACUACAGAAAGAAAAGCCGAAAAUAACGAAUAUGGCACGGCGAGCUGUUAGAUCGACCCGUAAUAGGAAAUACACCCUUAAAGUAACCGAUGCCUUAUCAGAAGAACCUGAGGAUGAUGACGUUGACGUGAGAGCAAUUGGAUACCGAGCUUUUAGAGCAAUUGGCAAAUCAGGAUAUAACAAUAAGAUAAUUGAUGCCUUGUUAGAAACACUUCGUGAUAGUUGGGAGCUUUUGAGAGAGAUCGCAUGCGAAUUUCUUCUAGCGAUUGGUAAGACAGAACAUAAUGAAAAGUUAAUUGAUGCUUUAUUGGAAGCACUUAAGGCCAAUGAUGAUGAGGAUGUGAAAGUGAGUGCAUGCGCAGCACUUAAAGUGAUUGCUACGGCAGAAGAUAACCAUAACGUAAUCGAUGCCUUAUUAAAGACAAUUACGGAUGGUGACUAUAGGAUCAAAGGAUGUGCAUGCAGAGCUCUCGGAGUGAUUGGUAAGACAGAAGCUAAUAGUAGGAUAAUCAAUGGUUUAUUAGAAGCACUUAAUGAUAGAGACUCUUGGGUGAGAAUGAGUGCAUGCGACGCUCUUGGAGCGAUUGGUAAGACCGAAGACAAUAGUAAGAUAAUCGAUGCUUUAUUAGAAACACUUAAGGAUGGUAGCAGCCAAGUUCGAGAGAGAGCAUGCAAAGCUCUUGGAGCAAUGGUAAAGAUAGAAGAUGGCCAUACUGUAAUCGACGCUUUAUUAGAAGCGCUUGAGGAUAUUACUGAAGAUGUGAAAGAGAGUGCAUGUGAAGUAAUUAGAGUAAUAGUUAGUACAGAAAAUAGGGAUAAGAUAUUCGUUCCCUUAUUAAAGGUAGUUAAGAAAAAUCUCAAUAAACCAAAAAGGAGUGCAUACAAAAUUAUCGAAGAGAUGGGUAACAGUGAAUAUAACAAUAAGGUAAUCGAUGCUUUAGUGGAAGCAGUUAAGAAUGGUGAAAGUACAGUGAGAAGGAGUGCUUGCGAACUUCUUGGAGAGAUUGAUAUGAUAAGAUAUAGCAGUAAGGUAAUCGAUGCCUUAUUACAAGCACUUAAGGAUGAAGACGUUUGGGUGAGAACCAAUGCGUGUCGAGCUCUUGAAGCGGCUGGUAGGAUAGAGGAUAAUAAUAAGGUAAUCGAUGCUUUACUAGAAGCACUGCAUGAUGAUUAUAAAGAUGUGAGAGUGAGCGCUUGCAAAAUUCUGGGAGAGAUUGGUAAGACAGCAGCUCAUAAUAGAGUGAUCAAUGCCUUAUUCGAAGCACUUAAUGAUACGUACGAUGGUGUUAGAGAGUGUGCAUGCGACGCUCUUGGAGGGAUCGGUAAGAUAGUAGAUAACUAUCAAAUAAUUGAUGUCUUGCUUGAAAUACUUAUAGUUGGUAAUUGGGACAUGAGUAAGAUAGCGUGUGAUGCUCUUGGAGUCAUUGGCAAGACAAGGGAUAACAAUCAGAUAAUCGACGGUUUGUUGAAAGCACUCACGUAUGAGAGUCACGAUGUGAGACAGAUAGCGUGCGACACCCUUAAAGCAAUCGGGAAGGCUGGAGACAAUAAUUGCGUAGUCUCUGCCUUGUGUAAAACACUUAAGGAUCAACGGUACAAUGUGCGUGAGGCAGCGUGUUAUGCUCUUGGAGCGAUUGGUAAGGCAGGGAACAAUAAUAAAGUAAUAUAUACCUUGUUGCGAGCAUUUAGUAAGAAAGCUGUAGGUGAAAAUGCGAUUCAAGCUCUUAAGCCAUGUCUGCACGAUGUUUUGAGUCUAGAAAUGCUUAAUGAUAAGUAUAUUAAAAUACUAGAAUCGUGGGUAGUAAAUGAGAAAUCUGAUUUAAAAGAAAUACCAGCAGGUCUUUGUGCAAGAUCAUAUUUUGUAUCGAGAAACGAGGUUUGGCUUCCGCUCACAUUCCUAACUGCCCUUUUACAAAGUGUUGCUGUGACGAUAGGUGAUAAUAAUGCAUUUGUGUAUGGUGCGACGGAGUCAAUUGUAAUAGAAAAUAUUUCUGAUGAAUAUUUAGAGAAAUUAAAGAUUGCUUUUGAAAAACAAGAAGAAAAACUGUAA